CUUGUUUCCAACUACUGUUCUUCAUUAUUAAUUCUUUAAUAUUCUCUUCCUUAAUCCUUAAUCUGUGGUAGUGUCUGUGGCUGAAGUUGUAAAAAGAUGAGAAGAAACUGUAACUUGGAGCUAAGACUUGUUCCUCCUUGUGUUUCAGCUUUUUCUCCUAAAGAUUGUACUACGAUCCCUUACUUCUCCAUGAGGGAUAACGAGGGCACAGAAGAGAAGCAACAGCAGCAGCUAACAAUAUUCUACAAUGGAAAAGUUGUGGUUUUUGAUGCUACAGAGCUGCAGUGUUUUAAAAGGCAUUUUCGGGGCGAGACGUAUCAAAAAUGCCCCGAGACGAUGGUGUGGGGCGAAAGUCUCAAGAGGCGUACGCCCAACAAUUCGGGGGUAUGCCCGGACGUUUGAGAUGCAUUUUUGUAGUAAGACGU